GCCACACAAAUCAAACUCCGCUCUUUUAAAUCCCUCCUUGUGCUGUAGCCUGUAGCUGCUGGCACAACGAGCUUCCUCUAUGGAUCCCUCCAUUUUCAAGCUCCUCGAAGAAGAUGACGAGGAUGAAUCUAUGCACUCGAAGGAAGAAGUCGACGCGUUCCAGGCCUCUCUGAUUCGAGAAAUCGAAGGAGGAAACCAUUCGUGGAGUCAGCAGAUGAAAGCGCAACAACAAUCUGUUUUAGCUAAUCAAGACCGAGAAUUAAAUCCAGAAGAUGUAUCUCUUUCACACCACAACCAACCUCAGGAACUUCUUCAACCAAAUCCACUCUGUGAGAAUCAUAAUAUGAGUGUUCAACGCACUCAUGGGGUGGAACAGCCUGUUGGCUCUGUAAAUCUUGGCCCCACGCACCUACAAGUCUGUGAAUUGAUUCGUAUAUUGAUACCCCAAGUUGACAAAGAUAGAGGGAAUCAGCUCCCUAGCCUCUAUUAUAAAUUCAAGAGUAAAGAAAUUACAAAAUACAGGUUCUUACGAAAAGUGAGGAAUAUUGUGGGUGAUAGAAUGACCUUAUGGGCAGUUAGGAAACUGCAACAACAGGGAGAUAAGGGAGUCAAAUUACCUGAUGGCCCAAACCAUUACAGAGAGUCCUUUACUUCUGCUGACCAAUCCCUGAUACAGUCUUUAACUGAAGACGUCAGUGCUAAAAAAUCUGACACUCCUGGAGUUCAUGUUAAUCAACUUCCUUCAGCAAGUUUGGGCAUCUUAAGCAGUUCAGCUACUGUGCACGAGUUCAACAAUUCUGAGAGACCAACUUCCUUGCCUCUUUACUCUGUUCCUUGCCAAGGACCAGUCACCAAGGAUCAGUCAAUGAGCAAUGAACAGACAGUGGCCCACGUGAAGCAGAAAUUGACUGGUCAAAGCUUUGAUCAGGUACGGAAGCCUUGUUCUUUGGUGCGGAAAGACGUGUCUAAUGUUCCAAUGGAACUGAGCAAUAAUAACCCAAGGAGGUCAAAUGAUGACUUAGUGAAGCAGUCUUCUGAAAUGAUUUUAUCAGCAUCCACCACCCAUGCAAACUUUGCCUCUGCUUCAUUGAAAACACAGCUGGACUCUAGCACAAUGGUUAAUUUCUCUGCUCCAACUGCGACCAUUCCCCCAGGAACUAUAGUAAGAACGAUACAAGGUCAGAAAAAAACUCUGGAGGCACAAGGUUCUUCGCUACCACCAUUGAGUAAGAGGCAAAAACUAUAUGAAACUUCUUUAGCUGGAAGUGAUAAAAAGUUAAAUGAUGUUACGGAACUCAGUGGCAUCAAUCUUAUGGAAGAGGAGAGAGAACUAUUAUCUUCUCUACCUAAAAAGAACAGUCGUGUUUUCAAAUCAUCUCGAAGAGUUGCUCAUGAAGAGGAAGGAAGAACGAUUUUGCAGAAAGGUCCACUACAGAGGAAGCUGGCAGAAAUUAUGGCAAAAAGUGGUAUAAAGCAUAUCAAGAAUGAUGUUGAGCGGUGCUUGUCUCUGUGUGUGGAGGAAAGGAUGCGUGAACUCUUGUGCAAUAUAAUCCGGAUGUCAAAGCAGCGGACUGAUCCCGAGAAGUGUAGAGAUCGGAUUUGUAUCACAUCUGAUAUCAGGAAACAAAUCAACGAAAUGAAUCAGAAGGAAAAAGAGGAACAGGAAAGGAAACAUGGUGGAGAACAAAAGCUUAAGAAUGAUACUGCAAAAGAAGAUAAACGUUCAGAGCAAGUGAAGGCAAAUAAGGAGCAAGCCGAGAAGAGAGCUAAGGCUGCAAAUGAUGCUGCCCUUGCAUCCGUUGGAGGAGAUAAUGCGUUUCUAAAAUGGAAACUUAUGGCAGAAGCACGUCAGAAACCUUCUUCAGUGCUAGAAAGAAACUCCAAAAAAAUUUCUGGUGGUAGAAGGUUAGGGAAGAAGAACUAUGGUUCACCAAAAGUGGUCCGAUCCAUCUCUGUGAAGGAUGUGAUUGCUGUGGUGGAAAAAGAGCCUCAGGUGUCCAGAUCGACGCUACUGUAUCGCUUAUACAAUAGGAUCUGCUCGGAUGUUCCAACCCAAGAUAUGACAUAGAAACUAUUAAUAUCAAAGACAAGUCUUUCUAACACUUAUGUUUCUUCUUAUUCCAUUGAAAGUGAUACCAUUACAAACUCCUAAGCAUGAUCAAGAUGCUAAAGUACAUCCUUAUUCCUCUCUUUUCUUGAGUUUAUGAUCUAAAGAAAGCUGCUUGUUUUUUUCUAGUUUUUGCCUGAUUCCUUCAUG